UCCUCAUAAGCUAAUGUUAGUAAAAUUUGGAGCAUGUGGUUUCUUCACAGUUUCUGGGAAUCGAACUGGUCAAGGUGUCUAAUUUAUAAUUCUUGCAUAAGAAAAUUCGUCUUGAAGACUUUAGAGCUAUAACGUGUAGAGCUAUACAACGUAUGCUAUUCUACUUCUGAAAACACACACACACAUAUAUAUAUAUUCUAACAUGUAGCUACGUUACGUGGGGUUUACCCUAGUUAUAUGAUUGGCAUGAUCCGAGUUAACUAGAUAAUUCUUACCUCAGUAGUAAUAAUAAUCAAAACUAGACCUUUUUUAUGGCAUAAACAGAUACAUAAUACCAGUAAUUCAGUAUUAUGGUAUUCUGCUACAACUUCUAUCCAGAUGUGCUUAAUUGGGACGGCUAAGACAAAGUUCUACCUCCUGUCGUUUUAGCCCGUUGUACAUCACUGCAUGCAUCUAAGUAGUAAAUUCUGACAUCUAACAAGAGAAGUAUUCACAUUAGGCUGAGGCUUUGACUCACUAUUUAAGGGAAAAAUGGCAACACCUUGCACAUAGACUUUACUUGGGGUGAGGUCAAUACUUGACUAGGACAAACCACCACCUACUACCUAGCUAGUCAAACCAUUUUAACAUACAUACACCAGCUCAUCUCGAAAAAACAAAAGAAGAAGGUUGGCCAUAUCAACCAUCAUACUGCAACGUGGAUUUAGACUUUUACUUGAUCGGAAUUCACCUUUGAAUACUUGAGUUGAUGUGACUGUAUCUGUUGUAUAGGCUGAGUCUGAUUGCGUAGUAUGCUAAGGCGCAAUUUAUCUCAUAAAAGGAGAAGCAUAGGCCUCAGCACACUCAACACAAUCGCCAAAUUAAGCAAGUGAUGGCGUGAGCCAUGCAUCUAACCUUGCAGCAGCAAACACCAACUCUGGUUGUAAUGCUUUACCUGAAACUAAUUGUAGUCUUCCUGGCGAUGGCAUUGGCUAAACCUGCAGGUGGUGCCAUAUCCCUGGCGCUCCCAGGCUGCCCUGACAGGUGCGGUGAUGUGCCCAUCCCUUACCCCUUUGGCAUUGGCGCACAGUGUGCCGCGGUCAGCCUCAGCAGCUUCUUCAAUCUUGACUGCAAAAACACCUCCCACCCGCUGCAGCCGACGGUUGGGGGGCCAGCCGAUGUGGCCGUCAACGUUGCUGAUAUUUCGCUGGAGCGCGGCGAGAUGAGGGUGUUCAUCCCUGUUAGCUACAUCUGCUUCACAUCAAGUGCAACCGUAUCGGCGAGCAAUAACGACACCGUGGGGUUCGGCCUGGAGGACACGCCGUUCCUCCCAUCCCCUGGGCGCAACCGCUUUACGGUUAUUGGCUGCAAUACCCUGGGUCUUGUUGGUGGUUUCCGCGGAGGCACGAGCCAGUACCUCGCUGGCUGCUACUCCUACUGCGAUGGUGCCAGUGGUGCGUCAGACGAUGGAGCACCAUGCACUGGGACAGGCUGCUGUGAGGCAUCCAUCCCGACCAACCUCACCGCCUUCAAUGUGGCGUUUCCGAUUAACAGUAGCAGUGUGUGGGGAUUCAAUCCAUGCUUCUAUGCCAUGGUCGCCGAGGUCGGAUGGUACAGGUUCCAGCGCCGUGACCUCGCUGGCGAGCUUGGGUUCAUCAACAACAGGGCAAAGGAUGGUGCACCUGUCAUCGUGAACUGGGCGGUUAGGAACGGAUCAUGCCUGGAGCAAAGAAACCACGCAUGUGCCAGUGCAAACAGUUACUGCGAGAGUGCGAGCAAUGGACCUGGGUACUUGUGCCAUUGCUCCCCUGGGUACGAGGGUAAUGCCUACCUCAACAACGGUUGUCAAGAUAUAGAUGAAUGCAUGCUGCGUGAGCAGGACCCCAAAUACGAAGAGUUGUAUCCUUGCAGGAAGGGAGUCUGUCUUAACACUCUGGGAGGCUAUGAUUGUAAAUGCAAGAAAAGAACCAAGUCUGAUGGCACAAAUUUCGGAUGUCGACCUCUGUAUUCUCGAGAUGAACAGCUAUUAAUAGGCCUGAGCGUUUCUGCCGUUGUGAUAAUAUCCUCGGCAUGCCUUUUGGCUUUGCAAUUACAAAGGAAAAAGCACAGGAAGGAGAAAGACGAGUAUUUCAAGCAAAAUGGAGGGCUCAUGUUAUAUGAUGAGAUGAGGUCAAGGCAGGUCGAUACUGUCCGCAUACUCACUCAAAAGGAGAUCAAGAUAGCCACUGACAACUACAACGAAGACCGAGUUCUUGGAUGUGGCGGCCAUGGAAUGGUCUACAAGGGUACUUUGGAUGACCUCAGAGAGGUUGCUAUAAAGAAGUCCAAAGUGAUCAAUGAUGAUUGCAGGGACGAGUUUGUAAAUGAGAUCAUAAUCUUGUCGCAGAUCAACCACCGGAACAUCGUGAGGUUAUUAGGCUGUUGCCUGGAUAUAGAUGUCCCAGUGUUGGUAUAUGAGUUCGUCUCCAACGGGACACUAUAUGAGUUUCUUCAUGGCAGUGCUGAUCACAAUCUGUCACCAAUUCCACUGGACCUUCGCCUGAAGAUCGCCACACAAUCAGCAGAAGCUCUUGCUUACCUGCACUCAUCGACAUCCCGCACAAUUUUGCACGGGGAUGUCAAAUCCGCCAACAUUCUGCUCGACGAUCAGCGCCACCCCAAGGUUGCAGACUUCGGAGCAUCGGCGCUCAAGUCCAUGGACGAAAGCGAGUUCAUCAUGCUCGUCCAGGGAACCCUCGGCUACCUCGACCCCGAGAGCUUCAUCAGCCAUGUCCUCACCGACAAGAGUGAUGUGUACAGCUUUGGUGUCGUUCUCCUCGAGCUGAUGACGAGGAAGAGGGCUCUCUAUGCCGAUAGCUCCUCCAAAGAGAAGAGAUCCUUGUCCCAUAGUUUUCUCCUGAUGUUCCACCAGAACAUGCACCUGAAGAUGCUGGACUCUGAGAUCGCAGAGGAUGCCGCCGCUAUGGUGGUCGUUGAGAAGCUCGCGGCCCUCGCCGUGCACUGCCUGAGCGCGAGAGGAGACGACAGGCCGACGAUGAAGGAAGUCGCGGAGCGGCUGCAGGUGCUGUGGAGGAUCCAGAUGCGUCAGGCCGGUGAUGGUGACAAUGAUGAUGGCUUCGGUGGAGGAUCCCUGUCGCCGGUGGUUCUUCCUUGGGCCGAGGUGACAGAUGGGAGCUUGGAGACGUGAGAACUGGCGCUGGGCGUUUGUGUUCUUGUAUCGUUCGUAACAGUUUGGGUGUUUGUGGGAUUUGUAUGGUGUGUUUAUGUGAUAUUAGCAAAAGGACCCGAAACGGAAGAAAAAAAAAUCAUAAUCUGGCCAUGAUUACAUUUUGCUGCAUCACCGAGA